AUUCCGAGAAAAUGGCGGAUCUUUAUGAACCAGACGUGGGAACUGCAUAUUACAGAUCGAAUGAUUCCGUCAAAAACCUACAAAUCAAAGUCCGACUCAAGCGAGUGACGUCCUCCAGUAUAGUGCCGGCAGCUGCAGCCAAUGAGCAAAAAGAGGGUAGUGUGGAGAUGGGGGACAUGGGUAAACAGCCCAAGCUGGUGGAUGAGGAAGAAAUUUGCAUCAAGUGGCAGGAAAAGAUUUUCAGUCAGAGGGAGAUUGAGUUAUACAACCAGGAGGCCAACUGUUUCAACAUAAGAGAAAAGACAUACCACGACCAAGUUGUUAAAAUCAUAGAGAGAGGGAAGCCAACAAACCGUAUAUUCACCUACACUGAUGAUGACAAGUUCUCACAUGAAGAGGAGGCCGUGCAGUUCAUGACCACCGCCAAGUCAGAGAGAGCUACCAUUCUUGCUGAGAAGAUGUCACAUGUCCGACAACGCAGGGUCGGAGGUCGACAACUCAAAGAAAGGGAGGUCGGCUUUGUCCCGAAGAUCAAUGUGGUAGACCCAUCACCAACAGAUGAUAUGAGGAGGAAGAACCACAUUGAGGCUCCCCCGAUGGAGGUGAUGUACAUCAUGGGGGACCUUAGUCCCAGAGAGAGGGCAGCCCAUGAGACAGACGAGUAUAUCUUGUGCAUGUUACAAAUUGAUGCUAACGGUGUCCUGAGCAUCCGGCCAGACUUCAACAGAGGACGCAAACCAUAUCUAAUAGAAACAGCCUCCGUGUGGGUAGAGGUGUUUGAGUAUACAAUAGAACACUCGUCCAAGCCCAUGAAUAGGCAGGAGCAGGAACGAGAGAGAAAGAUGUACAGGGAGGUCUACAGUCGUCACAAGGAUUUUCUGGGUGCCUGUGUGGGACUGGAGUUCGAAGUGCCUCCUAAGGAUGCUCUGAGACUGGUGGUAUUCGGAGAGAUUGAGUCAGCCCGGGACUUUGAAUUUGAUGAUAUCUACUUACAUUUCUUUGUGGAUUUGCCAAAACAUUGGACAGCUGACAGGUUCCAGCCUCUGUCUUGGGUUACACAGACCUGCAGCUCCAAGGUGGAAGGCAUUGACAAUGUGGCCCAUUUCAGCUUCCCCUUCAGCUUUGAGCUGUUCUACAAGAACGAGUCUGUCAAACAGGAGGACAAAGAUCAGAUACCGAACUUCCCCAUUGUGUUAGUGGAGGUCCUGUCCCUGGAUUCGUGGCAUCGGUUCCGCACUGAAGGCUACACCUAUCUCCAGGUUCCCUGCAAACCAGGUGCAUACCAUGAAACCAGUCACUGUUGGCGGCCAGUAGGCCAGUCUAUCUCGGCCCAGCUCCGCAGGUUCUUCAUCGGGGGUUCUCCAGAACUGGAGGAUCCCACCUAUGCAGCAGUUCCCAGCACAUUUGAUGGAAGCCACCUGAGCAAGUUUGGAUUUCACACGGAGACGUCGGGCAGCUUGACGUACCGCUUCAAUGUUGUCAUGCAGUCCAGAGCGUUUAUGGAGAGGAAGGCCAACAAGAGAUCAGUGGGUUCCCUCCUUGACAACCUGGGAAUCACAGCCAUGCAAGCAAACAUUUCAAGUGUAGUUGAUGCCUUCAAGAAAGCCAGAAUGAAGAUGAUGAAUGCACGACACAAUGCCGAGAGGGAACUGCUGCGAGAUACCAAGGAAUUAUGAUUAGUUGUGGGGAAAAUAGUAUCAGGACUAACAUGCUACCUGAUCAGAACAGUACACCAUAUGACAUGUGCAGCACAUGUUUCGUCACAAGUGCCUUUGUACUCCGCAUAAACCUAUCGGUAUAAAGAUAAUGUAGAGGAGACUUUACACAAUGCAUGAAUGGACCCAUAGUUCUGGAGGCCCUGGGAACUGACAUCAACAAAUGGCCUUAUCUGUCAGAUAUCCCAAAGACAAUGGAAGCAUUCUUAUGGAAUAAUGUCUUGAAGAAUCAGAAAAUGAUGGUUUCUUUAGAAGUUUCACUUUGAAGAGCUUCUUGAAAUAUAUCAUGUCUUAUGUAUAUUUAUAAGGAGCAUGUGAGUCUCCUUGGAUACAAUGAAUUGGUUGUUACGUUUUCAUUUUGAGGUUUGUGAAGGGCUAACACAGGUCUAUACUUGACAAGAGACUUGUGUGAAGAUGAUGCAGAUGUAACAAAAAUUAAACAAAAAUCUGAAAUUUGUAGAUACCACUUAUCACAAUUUGGAACCCGGACAUCUGUAAGUUUUGCAUAAGUCAUUGACUCAGUGUCUAUUAAAGCCUGUUGUUAUAUAGAGAGCCUGUGUAAAAUGUAAAUUUUACGGAGUUUUCAGUUGGGAAAAGGGUGACUUCUUAACAGUUGUGUCUAACAUUGUGAUAAAUGUAUUAAUUCAAACGGGAAUUUCAGAAAAUGAAUCAUACUUUCAAGACAUGUGUCAUGAUAUUCAUAUAUUUGACAUACUGAAGCUUGUAAAUAACUUUAGAAAACAAUUUCUGUCUGUGUAAGUUGAAAUACAGUAUGAGAUUCAAACCUGUAAGAUAACAUUGUUUUGAAGGAUUUUCUCAUGCCUAAAUACUCCGAUCAACUUAAUUUUAUUUUUGUUGCCUGUCAUGCAAAUUAUGACAAAAAUUCAAUGUGAGUUUUCAGAGGGUGUCUGGAAGAUUUUAUUCAUAUGUUUCCGUUACAGUUCAGUUUCUCCACAGAGGAUGUAAUUUUUUAAACUAAUAAAGCUGAUAAAUGCAGCUUGCAGCUUGGUGCACACAACAAGUGUAUAUCAACUACACGGAUCAGAUUCUGUGGGGAUUACAAUAAGUCAUGUUCUGGUUGUCAAGGCAACCAAAAGCAUCCAGUGGUCAGGCACCAUGACUUGGUUGACAGCCUGACUUCAGACCUUGAUGGUGUGGAUUGUUGAUCAUGAUAUCAAUCCCUAGGGUGUGACACAACAAGUAUGUCUACCACACUGAUCAGAGUAGAAUAGGUCCUGUUUUUGCCCAAAUAUAUCCGUCCGUCCAUCAACUAGUUUUUGUAUGUAAGUAUUAUGUACAGAUGUGUAUUGUUGCUUUUGAAUAAAAUGUCUUUUUUA